CAUCAGCAAUCGCCGUCCCAGGACACUUCUCCGCAUCGCAAGAAUGGCGUCCAACACUUCCUCAGGGGCAUCGACGCCCAAUCCGCGCUUCACAUCGCAGAGCAAGACAGCGGAAGACCUGCUCAGCACGCAGACCGUGGGACUCGUCGCGCUCUCUGAUUUUCGCAAGCGGCGCGCCGAAGCCCUCGAGCAGAAAGAAAAGGAACGGGAUGGGCAGGAGAGUGGUCGGGGCACGCCGGCAAAUGUAUCAUCAUCUGACGGUGCAUCUACUCCGCGAGAACCCUUGAAGAAGAAGAAGCGGAAGGUUGGGACGCCAAAAUUGUCAUUUGGGGUUGAUGAGGAGGAGGAGGAGGGGGAGGAUGGCAGUGGUGGUGGUGGUGGUGGUGCAGAAAGUACCGAUACGGCGACGCCCAAGGAUUCGAGCUCGAAUUCGAAUUCCGCCUCUCCGAGAUCUGGAUCUGGGACGCCGGUGUCUGCUUCCACGGCCGCUCCGAAGAAGAAGCUGGGGAUCAAUUCGUCGGUGACGGUUGUGCCGAAGGCGCUGACGAAGGCGGCGUUGCUACGGGAAGCGCAGACGAGAGAGAGCUUGAGGAAGGAGUUUUUGGCGCUGCAGGAGGCGAUUAAGAUGACCGAGAUCAAUAUCCCGUUUGUGUUCUACGACGGCACGAAUAUUCCCGGUGGGGUAUGUAGGGUCAAGAAGGGUGAUUUUGUGUGGGUCUUUCUGGACAGGAGUAGGAAGGUCGGAGCGGAGCUUGGAGUAGGAGAGAAGGCCAACAGCAGAAGGGAGUGGGCAAGAGUGGGCGUGGAUGAUUUGAUGAUGGUUAGGGGAAGCAUCAUUAUACCGCACCACUAUGAUUUCUACUACUUUAUCAUAAACCACACCUUAGGGCCUAAUAACCGUCUCCUGUUCGAUUACAGUUCCGAGCCUCCCAAAGCAGCCGCUGCAACUACAUCUUCUAACCCGCCAAAUCUCGACAACUACAACCCGCUGUCCCUCCCUUCAAAGAGCAAGCCCCAGAAGGAGCCGGCCGAGAGAACAGACCUGGAAGGCACCAAUGACGACCCGACAUAUACGAAAGUCGUUGAUCGUCGGUGGUACGAACGCAACAAGCAUAUCUUUCCCGCCAGCGUAUGGCAAGAAUUUGAUCCGGAGAAGGACUACCAGAAGGAGGUCAAGAGAGAUGCUGGUGGUAAUGCAUUUUUCUUUUCGUAGAAUCGCGUAAGUCCUCGCUGCAGCCGUUUUUUCCCUCGCAGUAGACUUAAGGUAGAC